AUGAACACCAACGGCGUCUUCUCCCGAAUACACAACUUUGACCUCGACGUGCCGCCCGACAUCGACCCCAGCAACAUUGCUCCCAUGCUGUCCAAGUUCGGACCCGCCGCGGUGUUGUCGACAUCGCCUGCCUCUCCAUCUUCCCCCAAGGCGGUCUCCUUCCCGUGGAGCCUCAGCCUCAACAACAUGAAUCUCGCGUCGUUGGCCUCGGCCGACCACUUCGCCCUCCUGCACUCCACCGCCAGCCAGCUCUAUGCCGACCAUGCCGGCACCAUGCAGUCUCUCGGCGCGUCCAUUCGGCCCCAUCUCCGGGGACCCAUGAUGCCCGUUCUCAUUAUUGCCGUGUCCAUCCUAGUCUCCGUGCUGGUGUCGUUUAUCGUGUCGAUACUGCAAAUGGCCGUUCUUGCCGCCGCCGUCGUCUACUUUUUCCCGUCAGUCAUCACGGCCGUCACUACCGCAACAUCUGUGGCCGGCCCGACGUCCGGCAAAUCUCCAGGCAACCCCGUCUCUCGCACGCCUGUGGCCGCAUUCGCCGGUGUGCUGGCAGCAGCCUACGCUUUCAGCAGCACGGCCACACUGGUCGUGCUGGCCAGCAGUGUGUAUGCAUACUUGAACCAUGCAGCACUGGCGGCCAGGGACAAUGCAAACAAAAUCAACAGCAGCCGCAGCACCCCAGAGAGACGCUCGACACGGCGCGAUGAGCAGGCUCCAUCGCACAGCAACAUAUUCCGCCGCAUCUCGGGUCACAGGGACUCGUAUUAG